GCCCCUUCCGGCUUGGCGUUCCUCGCCGCUCUGCCGUGCUCGGCUCAGCCGCGCGCUCUCGGCCGGGCGACUGUGGCGUCUCCCCCCCGCGCCUGCGUGAUCCUGUCGUGCCCCACGCGCGGGCUCGCGCUCGGGCUCCCGCCCUGCCUCCGGCCCGCAGGCCCCGGCCCUUUCCUUCGCGGCCCGGGCCGCAGCGCGAGGCGCCAGCACCAUGCUCUUCUACUCCUUUUUCAAGUCCCUUGUGGGCAAGGAUGUGGUCGUGGAACUCAAGAAUGACCUCAGCAUCUGUGGAACCCUCCACUCUGUGGACCAGUACCUCAAUAUCAAGCUCACCGAUAUCAGUGUCACAGACCCUGAGAAAUACCCUCACAUGCUGUCCGUCAAGAACUGCUUCAUCAGAGGCUCCGUCGUCCGCUACGUGCAGCUGCCAGCAGAUGAGGUGGACACACAGCUGCUGCAGGACGCGGCCAGGAAGGAGGCCCUUCAGCAGAAACAGUGAUGGUGCCUCUUCCCUCCCCUCUUUCCCUUUGGUGACCCAUAGCGUGAUGUCCAGCUAAGGACAAGGACCCCUGCCCAAUUCUUAAGGUGUGUUUUGUUUUGUUAAUGAUAAGUUUUGUUCUUUUUAAUUGAAUGGAUGAGAUAAUUCCUCAGUUGAGAAGGGAGGGUAAGAAAGCCAAGAACUGCAGAAUGUUUCUGGACUGCUCCCGGUCCGCAUGUACCUUUCUCUCACCUUCCCAGGAGAUGGGGGAACAUCCUAGCCCUUCCCAGGGCUGCACGUGAUAGAUUUGGGGGAUGGAAAGACUCUGUCCCGCAUCGGGAAUAAACUUUAUGAUGCAGACUCA